GCUCCGGCAGCUCAGUGCUGAUCGGGGUGCCGAGAGCAGAGCCAUGGCCGAGGAGCAGCGAGACCUCAUCUCUGACCGGGCCAGCAUUGGGGACACCCAGAGGGCUGCCUGUGGGCGCAGAGCUGCCUUCUCCACGCUCUCCAUCCUGGUGGCCCUGCUGAUCGCUGGCCAGGCUGUCACCAUCUACUUUGUCUACCAGCAGAGCGGGCAGAUCAGCAAGCUGACCAAGACCUCCCAGACCCUGCAGCUGGAGGCACUGCAGAGGAAACUGCCUGCCAGUGCCAAGCCGGUGAACAAGAUGAAGGUGGCCAUGGUGAACACACCUCUGGCCAUGAAGGUCCUGCCUGUGGCCUCCAUUGCAGACAGGCUGGACCUGGCUCCCCCCAGCAACAAAACCGAGGACCAAGUGAAGCACCUGCUGCUGCAAGUAGACCCCAAGAAGAUGUUUCCAGAGCUGAAGGGCAGCCUGCUGGACAACCUGAAGAGCCUGAAAACCACUCUGAGCGGUGCAGACUGGAAGUCCCUUGAGUCCUGGAUGCACAAGUGGCUGCUGUUUGAAAUGGCCAAGAACCCCAAGGCAGUCCCCGUGGAGCCCAAGCCAGACCCAGUGAAGCCCAAGGCAGUCCCAGCAGAGAAAGUGCAGACUAAGUGCCAGGCAGAGGCCAGCUUUGGGGGCACCCAUCCGGGCCGCUUCCGCCCCCGGUGCGAUGAGAACGGCGACUACCUGCCCAAGCAGUGCCACGCCGGCACCGGCUACUGCUGGUGCUGCUACAGAAAUGGCACCCAGAUCCAGGGCACUGCCACUCGGGAGCAGCUGCACUGCCCUGGUAGCCUCAGGCCUCCAUCACCCACAUCCUGCUCUCCCUCUGCAGAUGUCGUGGAGCCAGAGGAGAUGAUGUUCUCUGGCGUGGACAUGCUCAAGCUGGGUGCAGAAAAAGUUGACUAG